UGGUAUUCCGCCAAAGCAACUGCGCUACCUCACAUCCGCUUUUAGUUUCACUUGCUGCUCUGACCUUAAAACUGUACUGGUUUGAUGUGCUGCUUGAGAGAAGUAUUUUUUUUUAUGGCAUUUCGAGUUUUGUUUUGUAAGCCUUGUCUGUGUACGUCGAAGCCGUUUCCGUUUUGAAAAAGAGACCCAGUGAGUUUGCAAUGAAAGUCAUGGCCACACUGCUUCUACAGGGACUCAGGUGGCCAACAUCCAGGCCAUUAACUCUUCAUAGGUUUUACUCCAGCUGCAGAACAUGUACACAGCUGUUCACCAGAGGAACCUGCACUCAGCUGAAUGUAGCCUUCACAUGCAGAAGUCCUGUAUUUCCCAGUGUGAGGACACUGUCUUCUGUCCCUCCACCACCUUCAUCAGGCAACAGAUCUACAGAGAAGAAGACUGGUCCAGUCACAUGGAAAUCUCUCGCUGUCACAUGUGCCUUGGGUGGGACUCUUCUUCUGGGCAUGAAAUACUUCAAAAAAGAGAAAGAGGAAAAGUUUGAGAGAGAGAGAACCAAGUCUUUAGGGAAACCAGCCCUUGGAGGUCCAUUCUCUCUUAUCGAUCACAACAAUAAACCUUCAAAAAGUGAAGAUUACCUCAGCCAGUGGGUGCUGAUCUAUUUUGGAUUCACACACUGUCCCGAUAUCUGUCCUGAUGAACUGGAGAAAAUGAUUGCAGUCGUGGAUGAAAUUGACAGGAUAAAGACACUCCCCAAUUUAACACCAAUUCUGAUCACAAUCGAUCCAGAAAGAGACACACCUGAGGCCAUGGCAGCAUAUGUCAAAGAGUUCUCCCCGAAGCUGAUAGGCUUGACAGGAGCAACGGAACAAAUCGAGCAGGUGUCCAGAGCUUACAGAGUGUACUACAGUCAGGGUCCAAAAGAUGAAGACAACGACUACAUCGUUGAUCAUACCAUCAUUAUGUACCUGGUGGGUCCUGAUGGAAAGUUUGUUGACUAUUACGGCCAGAACAAGAAGUCAGCCGAGAUCUCCUCUUCCAUUGCGUCACACAUGAGGAAGCACAGACAGGCCAAGUAGUGAAAGAUGGAAAGACAAAUUUCCUAAAUGGACUUACAUUUUUGUGCUUUCUCUUUUUUUUUCUAGCUCCAGAAUUGUGUAUAUUCAUAAUUACUUUAAGAUCAGCUUCUGUAUAGAAUAUUGUUUUUGGUGAACGUUUCUCCAUACGAAAAGGGUCUUAAAUAAAAUACAUUCUCUGUUA